AUGUCGCGAACAUCCUCCGUCGUGAGAGCGUCGCGUGCCUUGCUUUUCCAAUGUACUCGUCCUGCUGCCCCCGCUAUGGUCAAGCUUCUUGCCCCUCCAUUACUGAGUAGGCAUGGGAGGUUCAGCUCGCACUCCCCUAUGGGAUCUGCGCCGCCGACCCGAAAGAAGGUUACAAUCAAUUCCUUACGAUCAAUGUACAAAAACGGCGAGCCAAUAACCAUGAUCACGGCGCAUGAUUUCCCUAGUGGCUUUGUUGGAGACGCUGCCGGCAUGGAAAUUAUCCUUGUUGGAGACAGCCUGGCCAUGGUAGCCUUGGGAAUGGAGGAUACUAGUGAAGUGGUGGUUGAGGACAUGCUGCUUCACUGUCGCUCUGUAGCUAGAGCUGCGAGGACGGCUUUCACAGUCGGAGACCUGCCUAUGGGAUCAUACGAGAUAUCGCCCGAACAAGCGUUAGAAACCGCUAUCCGGUUCAUCAAGCAAGGUCGCGUACAAGGCAUUAAACUCGAAGGCGGCACAGAGAUGGCACCGACCAUCAAGAAGAUAACAACCGCCGGAAUACCAGUCCUAGGACAUGUAGGGCUUACACCCCAACGACAGAAUGCUCUCGGUGGUUUUCGAGUGCAGGGCAAAACUGCUGCAGGCGCAGUCAAGCUCCUGGAGGAUGCCUUGGCCGUCCAGGAAGCUGGGUGCUUCGCCGUCGUUCUCGAAGCGGUACCGGCCGAAGUCGCAACAUUGAUCACGAAGAAGCUCUCUAUCCCCACGAUCGGUAUUGGCGCUGGAAAUGGAUGCUCUGGCCAAGUGCUGGUCCAGAUCGAUAUGACGGGCAAUUUCCCUCCUGGUCGCUUCCUCCCAAAAUUUGUCAAGAGAUACGGUGAUGUGUGGGGUGAAGCGUUGAAGGCGAUAGAAACUUAUAGAGCUGAGACGAAAAGCCGCGCAUAUCCUGCACCAGAGCAUACAUAUCCCAUUUCAAAGGAGGAGCUUGCGGAAUUUGAGCGUAUUUUGGAGGCGUCCAACAAGCCGGCUGAUGAUUGA